AUGAUGUUUGUGUUGGUGGCAGCAAGAGCGCCGAGGGCGGUGUUGGCACAGGCGCCACUGAUUGCCGCCAGCUUCGAGGCUGGGGAAGACACGAUUGCGUGGACUGGGGGCACGGCGCGCACCACCUGCGGCCGCAACGCCUUCAUCGGCAACAGCGAUGAGAUCAUCUACACAAACAGCAUCACCACGCCUGCCAGCAGCAGCCUGCUUCAGUUUGAGUUCUUUGCGGGCGAUGCCUGCGGUGUUGAGUCCAGCUCCUUGUUGUCGCUUCGCAUUUUCUUCCGCCAGGGAUCCUCCUACAACGAGAUCACGUCAUGCUCGCCGUCCACCAGCUCCAGCUGCUCCACUGGCAUCCUGUUUCCGGGGCCCACAUACCCUUCUGACUUUAGCGCGGGCAACUGGGUUCGCAUCAACCUCCCGCUUCCGCCCAAUAUCCAGGGAGAGCUGGUGUUUCGAGUGGGAUCGUCUGUCACGGCACAGUGGGGCAUCGACAACGUGUAUGUCGGCAGUGGCUGCGCAAACGGGUGCGCGAGCGCCGGUUUCUGCAACCUGACGGCCUCUGUCAUGCCCACAUGCGCCUGCGAUGCUGGCUUCGUGCCCCACCCAACGCUUGGCUGCGUGCCUGCCACGGCGCCUCCAACCACGCUAUUUGAGCAGUUUGAGGACGACAUUGACUGGGAGGUGAACGGGGGACGCAUCACCUCCUCCAGCGCGUGCGGGCGGGCUGCGUACGGCAACGCCCUCGUCUUUGAUCGCAAGUCCGAGCGGCGCAGGGCCCUCACGCCGGUUCUCGACGCACGCAGCGCAGCCCGCAUCAACGCGAUUGUGCAGAUUGGCGGGGAAGGGUGCGAAGAGCCAGACAACAUUGCGGAGAGCGUUGUGAUUGGCUACUCCCUGGACGGCGGCGCGACCGUCAUUCCAAUGCGCAUCCUCUCUUACUCAAGCUUCGAGAGGGGCGGCUACGUGUCUGUGGCCAUUCCCGAGGCCGCCCGAACGCCGUACACGCGCUUUGCGUUUUAUCAGUUUGCUGCCAGCGGAACAACCACGGAUUUUUGGUCGAUUGACGGCGUGUCGCUGCAGACGUCGGUGCCACUGCCGCGCAUCGCCAGUGCACUGACAGGACCUGUGCUCAACACCACCGAGUUUGUGUCUGCGGCCGGCACCAGGUUUACGUCGCUGUGCCAGCGAAACGGGCUCGUUUUCUCGCCCACGUCCAGUGUGCAGCACCUGAUUACAGCGCCCAUCAUUCCCAAGGCGGGCACCAUGAUGCAAUUUGACCUGUCCUUUGGCUGCACACCACCCACAACGUCGUUUACGCUUCGCCUGGAGCGCUCCACCGAUGGCGAGAGCUUCUCUUUUGCCGGCACCAGCAACUGCGACAUCCAGCUCUCUGCGUGCACGUCGUGGUCCCAGUACGAGACGCAGAUGGUGGCAAGUCGCUUUGGCGGUGGGUGGCAUCGCAUCACGCUGGCUGUGCCUCCAAGCAGCGCGCCCACGCAGUUUCGCAUCAGAGCAUAUACGCAGGCCAACAGCGCCUGGGCCAUUGCCAACCUCUACAUCGGCAACGAAUGCCCGUUUGGGUGUGGUGGUCUUGGCACUUGCGUUUCUGGCACGUGUGUCUGUGACGAAGGCGCCGUGUCCACAAGCGACAACAGCUGCGGCCCCGCCAGUGUCAACACCGAAUUCCGCGAGACAUUUGAAGAUGGGCUGUCCCCUGCGCACUGGUCGCUAGUGGAGAAUGCGGCCAUUGCGUCCGACGGCGGCGGCUGCGGCGUUGUCAGCGAGGGCAAGUCCUUGUUCUUUGGCAAGGGAUCCUAUCGCACGGCGCAGACUGUUGACCUGGACCUUCGGCGCGGCACCCUCGUGCACGCCACCAUCAAACUUGGAACCCAGGGCAGCGGUGGCUGCCACUCGCCGUCUGCCUCCUCAGACUCCGUUGCCAUGGCGUACUCGAUCGAUGGCGGACUGACGUGGACAAAGAUGCGCUUCUUCCAGUACGACAACUAUCGCACACCGUUUGUCCACUCCACGGUGUUGCCCGAGGAAGCGAAGACGCGCCGCACCCGCAUCGGCUGGUUCCAGCAGUACCCGGAUGGCAACGGCCAGGACGAAUGGAACCUGGACAACGUGUACAUUGGAUACAAGGACGACAACACUGUGACGGCGAUUGGCGACGACUUCUCGCCGCUUCUGGUGCCAAACUGGCUGUUUUAUCCGUCGUUCCGCGUGUCGGACCAAUGUGGCCGUGCAAGUGCUCUCGUCAGCCAAGCGGAAGGCGCGCAGGCGACAACCCGUGACAUCAGUCUCAACCGCCAGGUGGUCACGGCGUUUGAGCCAUCCCUCACUGCCUCCCCGAGCUCAGCAGAGUGGGCGGCUGUGAAGGGGUUCCGCUUCACGAAAGCGUGCGGCCUCGAAGCCUCUGGAUGGCUCUUUGACGCAACAUCCGGUGACCGCCACGCGGAGACGGUUGAUCUUGACCUGUCGUCUUCUGGGCUGGUGCUUGAGUUUGACUUUGGUUACGGCGCCGGCAAUUGCGACGGGCCAGAAUCGCCAUCAGAAUACAUUGUCUUGGAGUACAGCGUGGACGGUGGCAGCACGUGGCAACAGCUCACGUCACCGCUCGGCGCCAGCUCUGUCCACCGGUAUUCGUACCGCCUCGACAACUACCCCUCUGCACGCACAACAGCCACGCGGCUGCGCUGGCGCCAGAACGCGUACACGCAGGACGCCACCAGCAAGGACGUGUGGACGCUCUCCUACGUGCGCAUCCAGGGUGUCCCCAACUCAGACCCCGUCCUGUUUGUGGAGUACAACCUCGGGUGCGGGGAGGGGAGUGGCGAAGCAGCGUUUGCCAUUGACUACAGCGUCAACCGCGGCCAGUCGUGGGUCACGUGCUCCCAGUGCAGCCCGACGCCAAACGGCUGCAGCGAGUGGCCCCAGCACGGCGAGUGCACCUUCACCACGGACACUUCGCCCCGCAACACCUGGCGCCGGCUGUCGCUGCCCAUGCCCAAUGCCGACACCGUUCGCUUCCGCCUGCGCGCCCUCAGCGACGUCCCCGUUGCUUUUGACAACUUCUACGCUGGCGUGCAGUGCCCGAGUCGGUGCGGGGGUCACGGGUUUUGCACCCGCAACGGCACGUGUGUGUGCGACGACGGCUUUGUGCUUGGGGUUGACGGCAGCUGCGCACCAGUUCCAGGCGCCCACCCGUCCUUGUUGGUGGAGGACUUUGAUCCCUUUGUGCCUGCACAGUGGGCUGACGCGACAGGUGGCGUGGUGGCCACCAACGGCGCAUGCAGCGGCCUUGCUGGCGGAAACAAGAUGGUGUUCAAGCUUGGACAGCGCCGCGCUCUCGUCACACGUGACCUCAACCUGCAACAUGCAGACUUUGUUGAGUUUGUGCUCCGUCUUGGUGACCCAGCCACGUCAACGUGCACGGCACCUUCCGUCUCACAGGAGGGCGUUGCCAUUGCAUACUCGAUUGAUGGGGGCCUGUCCUUUGCCAAGAUUCGGGAGUUUCAAGCGGGCCUGUACUCCAGCGCAACCCACUUUUCUGUAGCACUGCCAGACAACGCAAAGACCCCCACAACACGCAUCAUGUGGCUGCAAGCAACAGGCGAAGACAACGUUGACGUCUGGGCCAUUGAUGACAUCUACAUUGGUCCUCGGCGCGCCGCUACACCAUCUCACCUGUUCCAAUCCUUCGCUUCGCCCAUCAGUCGCGACCUCAUUGCCAUCACGCCAAACGGAGAGUUGGCGGAGCUAUGCGGCCAGCCAGCGCUCGUGUUUUCGGGAUCGCAACGCGUCAACGGCGAAUCCCUGCUCACGACAACCACGAUCGACCUCCCACAGAACGCGUUCAUUCAGCUCGUGCUCUCCACAGGCUGUGGCGCCCCAUCCGCUGACUUCAGAGUGGAGUUGGAGCGAUCUGUGAACGAUGGCGCGUCGUGGUCCUCUGAGCACAGCACGUGCAACCCCAUCACCUCCACCGCCUGCAGCUCUUGGUCUGUUCUCACAGACAACCGCCUGUUGUCGCGCGAUUGGGCGAGUGGCUGGCACCGCAUCACCAUCCCUGUCGGUGCCUCCUCCCACGUUCGCUUCCGUCUUCGCGCCAGCGAUGCGUACAGCUCAUCGCGCACGUGGGCGCUGCGCAGCUUGUACAUUGGCGCUGGCUGUGGUGGCGACUUCUGUGGCGGCCACGGUACCUGCAUCAACGGCACGUGCACGUGUGACGACGGGUUCUCGCUGACAGAUGCGGGCAGUUGCAGCGUGAGCACUCCGCUUCCCCGCCAGCUGUUUGAGUCGUUUGAAGCGCCACUCUCAUCACGGUUCUGGCGCCAACAGCCGAAUGGCGGCAGCUUCGACACGGGCAACUCAUGUGGCGUCGUCUCAUCCGGCCGCGCCUUCAAGUUCUACGGCACCAGCACGCGCAAGCUGGAGUCAAACGACCUGGACACGCGCGCUGCGGACUUUAUUGAGUUCAAUGUCUUCACAGGCAGCUCGUCCCUGAGCACGUGCCCAGUCAUCACGCGGGAAGCGGAGGGGGUGGUUGUUGCUGCGUCAACCAACGGCGGUAUCACCUGGACAAGGAUUGGCACGGUUGAAUACUACUCUGCCUCAACCCUGCCGCGCCGCCGCGCCAUCCCAAUCCCAGCAAACUUCCGCACUGGUAGCACUCGCUUUCUCUUCUGGCAACCAGAAUUCUCCCCAAACUACGAUGCCUGGGCCCUGGACGACGUCUUCGUUGGCUGCGCAGACCUGCAGCCGAAACAGCUGACGCAGCUCUUCCCGUCCCUUCCUCUUCCGCGACAGUUUUACCCAAGACAAGUGAACGCCAUGGCGACGGAGGUGUGCGGCCGGCCAGCCAUGUCCUUUGCGCCAGCGUCGUUCCAGUCCCUACAGGUUGGGCCUCUCGAUUUGGACGACAAGGGCGCUUUCGUGCAGUUUGACCUGUCCACGUCGUGCACGGCCACCGCUGCCAGCGGCUACGACGUGCUCCUGUCACAGUCAAACACGGCGUUUGAGACGGCAUCGGCGCUGCUGCAGGUGUCGUGCGAACCGCUGACCUCUAGCUCGUGCAAGUCCUGGUACUGGAAGAUGAACGAAGUCUCCUUCAGCUCGCACCAGCUUGCCAACGGCUGGACGCGCGUGGUGGCGCCCAUCUCCUCCCCAACACGCGGUCUUCGCGUUCGCAUUUCCACGGACGUAACGCUGAGCGUGAGUGGCCGCACGCUCGCCAUUGCCAACUUGUACGUCGGCAGCGGCUGUGGCGGCGGCUGCGGCCCCUUUGGCGUGUGCAUCAACGGCACGCGCUGCGAGUGCGACGCAGGCUUCAGUGUGGAUGCAGCAGACAACACGUGUCGUCGCACGAGCCCGCGCAAAGGGUUUCUUGAGACGUUUGAGGACGAGGUGCUCGCGUCGCGCUGGAGCAAGGUUGUUGGCGGCGCCUUCCAGACAUCGCCCUGCGGCCCGCUCGCCGCUUUCAACUCGCUCUACCUGGGCGGAAACACGCGCCAGCGGUUUGUGUUUACGCAAGAGCUUGACCUGCGGGGUGCUGCGUUUGUGGAAUAUGUGCUGCGCGCCGGCGGCUCAGGCUGCCUUGCACCGAGCGUGACCCAGGAGGGGCUUGUGCUCGGCUACUCGCUCGACGGCGGAGUGACGUCCUCCCUGCUCGAGCGCCACUCAUACGCGUCAAGCACAAGCGCAACGCAGCACAUUGUGUCUCUGCCGGACGAGGCGAAAACACAGCACACGGUGCUUGGCUUCACCCAGCCCAAUGCAGACGGCCUGAACGUGGAUGUGUGGGGCCUGGACGACUUCUAUGUUGGCCCAACAACAGCGUCGCUGCCCCAACACGUGGAGAUUCACUUUGAGCUUCCGCGAUGGGACACGGACCACUUUCUGUUUGCGCCAAACGCCCAGGUGAAGACGCACUGCGACAAGCCGGCGCUUGUGUUUACGCUUGGCUCUGGCGUCGGCCUGGCCUGGUUCGAGACCAACAUGCUGGACCUGCAAGAGGGCGCCUUCAUCCAGCUGCUGGUGAGCGCGAGCUGCGGUUCUGUGGGCGCCCGCCGCGACCUCCGCCUCACCGUUGAGUCGUAUGAUCUCGGCGACUCCCAGUGGCGUGAUCUGCCAGCACCGUGCAACCCCAAUGCCGCCUUCAACUGCGAUGCAUUCGGCCUGCCCGCGGGCUCAAACCUGCGCGUGACCGAUUAUGGCUCGGGCUGGACCCGCGUCACCUUACCUCUGCCCUCCGUGGCUUCUGGCCGUCGCUACAGGUUCCGCCUGUCGUGGCUGCAGUCUGCGACUGUUGCCAUCACCGAUGUGUACAUUGGCAGCGAGUGCCCCUUUGCCUGCGGCGGCUAUGGCCUGUGCAAGAACGGCCAGUGCGUCUGCGACGAAGGAUUCGUACCGCACGCAGAGCGCGGGUGCGUGCAAGCCACGGGCCCGCCACAAGAGCUGCGAGAGGCGUUUACCAGCGCCCCGCUGUCCCCUGCGCGCUGGCACCGUCUGAGCGGCGGCGCGGUGUUGGCCGAUGGCGGCGGAUGCGGCACCAUCGCUGCUGGCGGGUCUGUCCACUUCAACGCCGACACCGCUCGCUACCUGGAGAGCGUGGACGUCAACACGACCUCUGCCCGGUUUGUAGAGUACACCAUCCAGACUGGGAACAGCGCCGGUUCCCCCUGUCGCUACGUCUCCCACUCGGACGAGGGAGUUGUGUUUGCUUACUCCACCAAUGCAGGCUACACCUGGCAUGUACUGGAGCACGGCCGGUACACGUCGCCAACGCGUCGCUUUGUCUCGCUGCCAGAAGGGGCGCGCUCGCCGUACACUCGAUUCCUAUGGUGGCAGCCCGAGUUCUCUGCUGCUGACUACGACACCUGGAACAUUGACGACGUGUAUGUUGGACCUCCGGGCAGCGUGACGCCAACCGCAAUCGUUGAGGACUUUGGCGGCAACGGCGACGGCGACGCUGAUGGCUACGACGCUGUAAACUUCGUGACCGUGCGAGGCGGUGUCACGGAAUCGUUCUGUUCGUCAGAGGGCAACGCGCUCGUAUUCAAAGAGCAGGCUGUCAGCGAGUUUCUCAUCACCACCCGUGACGUCGACCUUCAACCAGAGGAGCUCGUGGUGUUGAUGGACACGCUGUCCACUCCAGCAUCGUCCUCAUGGAAAUCUGUGCAAGGCCGACGCCAAGCAAAGGAUUGCGGACUGACCACAAGCGGAUGGGUGUUUGACGGCCUCGGGUUUGUGCGCGUGGCGGAAACGGAGCCACUCGACGUCUCUCCCACAAACCUGAAACUCGCGUUUACAUUCACCUUUGGCGCUGGCGGUUGCGAUUCCCCGGAAUCGUCUGCCCGCAACGAGAAUGUGUUCUUGGAGUACUCCAUCGACAAUGGCCAGAAUUGGAAAUCGAUGAUGGAACUCAAGUACCCGACGCAUCAGAACACCCGGGUGUCGCUUGCACUCGACGACGCUGCGCCAGACCGCACGGCGACGACCAAGUUCAGGUGGAUCCAACCAACGUUCACGGAGGGCAUGGAUGUGUGGGCGCUGGCGGAUGUCGGCGUUGCCGGCACACCGUACACCACGUACUACCUGCAGUUUGACCUGGCCACCAACUGCGAGGGCGUGAGCGGAUCCACGGACCCCAUCACCGCGUCAUUCAGCGCGGGGUUGAUGGGCAACUUCAUCGACCUGCAGCAGCUGACGUGUGACCCCACCACGGUUGCCUGCUCCGAGUGGCAGCAUCCCGGCACCAUCUUCGGCAACGAGGCGUACCGGGGCUGGCGCCGCUUCACAUUUGAGCUGGGCAACAACCCCAGCGCACACUACCGUAUUGCCAUUGCGCGUGAUGCCGGUGCCGUCAACACGUUUGCCAUCGACAACCUGUUUAUUGGCGGCCUGUGCCCAGGCAUGUGCAGCGGUCAUGGUCGGUGCACGCUGGCGGGCCGCUGUGAUUGUGACGAAGGGUACACGGGCACUCGGUGCGAAACGCCGUCAGCACGCCUGCCCCAAUCGCUCGCCGUCGACUUUUCGAGCGGCAGCGUGAGUGCGUCCCACUUCUCCAGCUGGACUGGCGCGGUGAAGGUGUGCAGGACGGGGAUGGUUGGUCUUGUGUUUGAUGAAGACGGGCGACACGAGAUUACGACGCGUGACAUGGACCUCAGCGGUAUCACGGAGAUCAAGUUUGGGUUUGCGCGUUGCAAUGUGCGCAGCGAGACGGUGGCUGUAUCCGCCAGCACGGACGGUGGCGUUCGAUGGAAAAUGCUGGGCCGCUACUCUCCCGGCAGCAGCACAACAGAGGUGACCAUCCCGCUUGAGGGCGCUCCACUGAUGCGCCUUCGAUGGUGGGCAGACAGCACAGACUCGAACCAUCCGUGGUUCAUUUCGCACAUCAGCGUGCAGGGUGAGUGCGAAGCAACCCCUGACCUGUGCUCGGGCAGCAACGAAGUCUGCGUCAACACACUAGACGGGCACACGUGCGAGUGCGCUGAUGGCUACAUACGCAACGACAACGACGAAUGCAUCAAAGAUCUCUGCAUGGACGUGACGUGUACUGCAUCUGAUGACUGCCAGAAACCGGGCGAAUGCAAUCCCGAGACAGGUCGCUGCGGUCCCACAAUCCCUCUCUCAGGAAUGCAAUGCGAUGAUGGCGAUGUGACCACUUUUAACGACACGUGCGUUGAGGGCAUGUGCAAGGGCACUUCCCUCUGUGAAGGCGUCACGUGCCCGAGUGCAGGACAGUGCUUUGUCCGAGGAACCUGCAACCGCAUGACUGGUGAAUGCGUUCCCAGAUACGCGCCGAAUGGCCAACAGUGCAAUGACGGCAAUAUGAACACGGUCAACGAUACGUGUGUGAACGGCCAGUGUGUGGGCCAGCUUGACCCAUGUCUGAAUGUGUCGUGCACGGGGACGCCGUCGUCGUCGUGUUACAGCGCGCUCGCGUGCAACCCCGACACGGCGCAGUGCGAGGCAGCAGGCCCACUCACGGGCACGCCGUGCAACGAUGGCGAUGCCACCACAACAGACGUGUGCAUUAACGGCGAGUGUGUGGGCACCCCAAAGUGCUCCGGCGUGACGUGCGAGUCAACAGGGUCAAACAUGUCGUGCACAACGUCUCGAUGCAACCCGCUGACGGGGCUGUGCGAAGCUGUGAAGAAGCCGGACGACAGCGUGUGCGACGACAACAACACCAACACCAUCAACGACCACUGUGUCAACGGCAUGUGUGUCGGCCAGGACACGUGCGCAAACGUCGACUGCUCCCCGAUUUCCGCCUGCCAUGAUGAAGGCACCUGCCAGCAGGGCGUGUGCUCCACACCACUCCUGGCUGACGGCACGCAGUGCGACGACGGAAACGCGGCAACCGUGCAGGACGCCUGCCGGAACGGGGUGUGCGUGGGGCUGCCCAACCUCUGCCUCAACAGCACGUGCGCGCCUGUUGGCGAGUGCCAACAGCAGAGCCCCUGUGACCCCUUGACGGGCGUAUGUGCAACACGCAACGCCACUGACGGUGCGCUGUGCAGUGUUGGCACGUGUGUUGGCGGCCGCUGUGUCAUGUCCACGCCGCAGUGCGACACCAGGACGUGCCAGGGCUCGGGCCCAUGCGUUGAGAACAGCUGCGUCAACAACACGUGCGUGUCUGUGUCGCUUCAGGAUGGCACCGGCUGCGCAUCGACACUGGUGGCUGCCGGUGUGUGCUCCAACGGCACGUGCGUGGACCUGUGCGCUGGCGUGACGUGCGCACGACAGCAGUGCCACACCACGCCGGGCUGCAACCCCAUGACAGGCAGCUGUGUAUCCACGCCAGUCCUGGAUGGCACAACCUGCAAUGAUGGCAACAACACCACCGUCAAUGACAAAUACCCGCAGCACUUUGAUGGCAUGGCAUGUGACGAUGAGGAUGAUGGCACGGACAACGACAUGUGUCUGAACGGUGUGUGUCGUGGGACGAUGAAGUCCACAUGCACGGGCGCCCCAAACUACGUUGAGUGCACGCAAGACGGGAGGACAGGGUUCUGUUUCGCCAAUCUCUGUGUCAUUCCGCCAUCUACCACGACAAUAACAACAUCUGCUCCAGAAAGUACCACCACCACACCGACUACAACGACUACCACGACUACAACGACGACGACGACGACGACGACGACGACGACAACGACUACAACAACUUCCGCCACUACAACUACAACUACGACGACGACAACAACAACUACUACUACAACUACGAUGACGACGACAACAACUACAACAACAACUACGACAACAGCAACAGGCACAAGCACUACAUCAGCCGGUGCAGCCUCCACAGCCGCUGAGAGCACGACUCUCGACGCCUCAAAGUCUGGCUCGGAAGCAGACCCGCUGCCAAUCAUUGUUGGUGUGGCGGCUGGCGCUGUUGUGCUGAUUGUCAUCAUUGUGGCGCUGGUGAUUGUGCACUUGAAGAAAACACAGGUGCACCGCCUUGAUGGCACCAGCGAGCCACCUCCCAGCAGAGCAACAUAUCUCAACCCAACCUAUGAUCACGCUGUCCACCACGUGUAUGAGGAGCCGACAACCAAAUACAGCGGCUCUGAUCUUUGGACCGAGCCCGACGACGUAAGCGAGUACUACGCUUCUGUCGACCACCACUCACCUUUUGAAUACGAUGAGGUGGAGGCGUAA